AUGGGCCAAUCGAACGUUGACACUUAUGAAGUGGUGGACAAGCACAUCAAUCCGGUCAAGGAUGAGAUUGAGCAAUUAAUCAAUGAUGAUGGGGAUAUGGCUGAGAUGUAUCUUACUGAGAAGAAGAGGAGAAUGGAAUCAUCAUUUUAUUAUGAACAAUAUUUAAAUGGAUAUGGCUCAAUAGGUGGCGCAUUAUCAGUUUCUGAUUCAGUUUCUCCUAUUUCAAUACGACUUGAAUCAAGAAGGCUUGAGAAAAUCUUUAACCUUUCCAAAAGAUGGCAUGAAAGUAUGAAAAGUUCAGACAUCAACACUAAAAACAUAGAAGAAUUGAAGAUGUUGGUGGAAGCUUAUUUUGUGGUUAUUGAUAGUAGUCUUAACAAAUUGACCUCACUUAAAGAGUAUAUUGAUGAUAUAGAAGAUUUCAUUAAUAUUCACCAGCUAUGUCUUAUUAUUCCAAUUGAUAUUUUGAUAUUUUGUUGGCAAGCUGGCAGCGUACUGGGCAUACAUGGAAUGGGGGAUCACAGCAUGGCCGGGAUGAAGCUGAGGCAUGGUGCGAAGAUGGACGCGCAGCAUGGAUGCCGGGAUGGCACUUUCCAGUCUGGAAUGGUGGUCCUCUGA